GCUGAUCCCAACACUCCCAGCCAAAGCCAGCCCGGCCCAAACCGAACCCCCGACCCGACAGUGCCUGUCUGCGGCCUCUUUGUCGGCUGAGCUCCCGUUCUCUGCCGAGCACCUUCAGCUUCAAUCUCAGUCUCUGACAGCAUCUUGCCCUUUUGCGCCAUUUUGCCGACCUGUCCGACACCGACGCCGACGCCGACACCGACGCCGGUAUCAACGCUGAGCACUGUCGACUCUGUCCAACCGAUUACUCUUCGUAACCCCACUUCGUUGCGAGUCACGCCGACGUCGCCAUGAGCCAUCCCGAGCGAUCCUACCACGACUCCAGCCGCCAUCAUCCUUACGAGCAUGCUUCGAACCGAGGAUAUCCGAACGCCUCCAAUCCAGAGCCUGGCUAUCCACCUACCCAACACGAUGCCUUCAAUCCACGCCCAUCUCGAGGUGCUAGUGCUACUGCCGGUGGCAGCGGCCGGGGCAGAGGUGCCCCUCGCGGUCGAGGAGGUGCUCCCAUCGGCGCACGACCAGGCGGACCUGCCCGUGGCCCGCUUGGUCGCCGUGGUCCUGGGCCAGCCGCUCACCUCCACCACGAUGGCCUCAACGCGGAUGAUCGCCAAUAUGGCGGACCCAUAGAUGAACGUGGUGGUAAGGGUGAGCGAAUGCCAACCAGGGCUUAUGACGAAGAGUUUCUGCUCUCGCGAAGAAAGAAAGAGCACCCUUGCCGCACGCUCUUUGUGCGCAACAUUGCAUACGACACCAAGGGGAAAGAGAUCACCGACCUCUUUAAGGGCUAUGGCGAGAUCAAGUCCGUCUUUGAUCUGAUCUCGUCGCGCGGCAUGAUCUUCAUUACCUUUUACGACCUGAGGGACUCUGAAAGAGCCAAGGGCGAGCUCCAAGACACAUUUUUCCGAGAUCGCCAGAUCGAUAUCCACUUUUCGCUGCCCAAGGAGAGCGAUCUCAAGGCGGCCGAUGCUGGCCCGGACAAGAACCAGGCCACGAUCGUGAUCAGCCUUGUGGGUGGUUCGCAGCCGUCGUUGAGCAUUGAGGAAAUCCAUGCCCUCUUUGGCAAGUACGGCGAUAUCAAGGAAGUCCGAGCGCACGCCGGCCAAAAUAGCACCCCGGGGGCCAAGGCUAUCGAGUUUUUCAAUAGCCAGCACUGCGAGAAUGCCUUCAAGGCCCUUGCCAACGAGAGUUAUCGCAGUGGACGGCUGCAUCUCGAAUAUGUCUGGGAUUUGAUUCCAACCACUCGUCGCUCAGGACAAUUCAGCGAGCUCGGUGGCCACGGAGACGAUCGUUUUCGCGCCCAGACACGCAAUGACCGGACCGACCUCCGUGCUGACCAUCGUGCUGCUCCUCAGUCAUUUGGAGGCGAUGCCAACGGUGGUCCAAGCAAUGGCAGUGGCCCUGCUUCAGUGCACUCGGAUCGACAUCAUAAUGGAUAUGGCUCUGAUCGCCGCGGUCCCCCCACAAACACCUGGCCUGUAAUCGGUAACUCGGUAGAUGACCAGGAAUACGAUCCUGUCCGUGGCACGACACUUCCGCCGCUCCCAUCCCAAGCGCCGGUGAAUGAUCAAGCAUCACUCCUGGCGAUGCUUUUGCAGCAGCAGCAGCAGCAGCAGCAUCAACAGCAGCAUCAACAGUAUCCUAUCACGAGUGGAGUCAGGCCGACCAUGCUGCCAGCCCAGCCUUUUCCCACUGUCAGUCCAAUGAACCCGAUAAACCCUAUCGCUGCAACAUCUAUGACGGCGCCUCCACUCGGGCCGGUUGUCAGUGUUCCUGGAGCUGUAGGAGCAACGCCAGCUCCAUCCUCCAACCUCCUUGGGCUCGGCACGAUGGAUCAAAACUCAGUGCUACAAGUUCUCGCUCUCGCCCAAUAUUUGCAACAGCAACAGCAACAGCAGCAACAUCAGCAACAGCACGCCCUCCAGCAGCUCCAAGCAUUACAGCAGUCCGGACCGCAGUCAUUCCAGCCAUCGAAUCAGUCUCUGCAGAGCUUGCUGCAGUCGAUUCAGCAGCUUCCAGGCGGCCAGCUGUCCAAAUCCACGCACAUCGGCACCUUGCCACUACAAAGCACGGGUCAGAGUCCGACCCCUGGCUAUACUCCGCCCGGGAGCUUGCAGCCUCCCCCUCUGCAAUUCCAGAUUGCUCAGCUUCUUCAACACCAACAGACCCUGGGCAAGCCACAGCUGAUGGUUGAUGCUGGCACUGGUGCCGGUGCCGGUGUCGCUGCCAGCACAGAUCCGCGUCUGAGGUCGUUCUCCCAAAUGGCAAGCGCACUCCCUGGACGGACAAGUGCGGCAGGAGCUGGGCCAAGCUAUGCACCUGUGCCUCCAAACGUGGACAGCGGACUGAACACUCGGUACCACGGCGCCCAAUCGAAAGCGCCGCCCUCUGGGACGUACACACAUCCCUCGCAUCAGCGCUACUACGGAUGAUUGACUGGCUGGAUCAGAUUGCAUGUGGAUGAAGACUAUACAGGACGGGUUUGGCGGCUGGCGUUGCCUCGCUGCAUCGCCUGCAAGCUCAAUACAGUGACUCGAUGCUCGACUGU